UAAAGCUUGGCUCAACCCAUCAUCUUCGUCAUCGUCUCAGUGCAGGGAGGGAGGGAGCGAGCUCUCAAAUUGUUUCUUCUCCAAUCUCUCUUCUUGCGUCGACCUCGAGUGACGACGACGGCUAUGGCAUCCAUGGUGAGGAGGAUCAAAUUGGGGUCGCAGGGUCUCGAGGUGUCGGCGCAGGGGCUGGGCUGCAUGGGCAUGUCUGCCGGCUACGGUGCUCCCAAGUCCGAGUCCGACAUGAUCGCGCUCAUCCACCACGCCGUCGGCUCCGGCGUCACCUUCCUCGACACCUCCGACAUCUACGGCCCAGGCACCAACGAAAUCCUCCUCGGAAAGGCACUGAAGGGAGGGGUGAGACAGAAGGUGGAAUUGGCGACCAAGUUUGCACUCAGCUUCGCGGACGGCAAGGCGGAGGUCCGGGGUGAUCCGGUGUAUGUGAGGGCAGCUUGCGAGGCCAGCUUGAAGCGGCUCGACAUUGAUUGCAUCGACCUCUACUACCAGCACCGUAUCGACACUCGGGUCCCCAUCGAAGUCACUAUCGGGGAGCUAAAGAAACUCAUUGAAGAAGGCAAAAUCAAGUACAUCGGUUUAUCGGAGGCCUCUGCGUCGACCAUCAGAAGAGCCCAUGCUGUUCAUCCCAUCACUGCAGUGCAAUUGGAGUGGUCGCUGUGGACAAGAGAUGUGGAGGCAGAGAUCGUUCCCACAUGUCGGGAGCUUGGCAUUGGAAUUGUUGCCUACAGUCCUUUAGGACGAGGAUUCUUUUCUGUUGGUUCCAAGUUAUUGGAGAAUUUAUCUGAGGAUGACUUUAGACGGUCUCUACCAAGGUUCCAGCCAGAGAACUUGGCUCACAAUGCAAAGUUGUUUGACGGAGUGAAUGAAAUUGCGCAAAGAAAGGGAUGCACCCCUUCACAGUUAGCCCUCGCCUGGGUACACCACCAGGGCAACGACGUCUGCCCGAUUCCUGGCACGACCAAGAUCGAAAAUUUCAACCAGAACAUUGGAGCCCUGUACGUGAGGCUUACACCAGAUGAAAUGGCUGAGCUGGAAUCAAUUGCUUCUGCAGACAAUGUCAAGGGUGAUAGGUAUGCAAGCAGCAUUCCAACGUGGGCAAACUCCGAUACUCCACCCCUUUCCUCAUGGAAAGCUGCUUAGAAACAUGUCUGCUUCUGUUGCGGCAUCUUUUGUAAGCAGAGUUUGAGCAUUUGCUGCUUAAGUAUUUUGAGGCUAUGUUGUGUGUCUGUCAUGAGUUCGUGUAUGAAGGGAGUACUUAUUAUCCUGUAAUAAACUCUGGAGUUCAGAGAAUAACUAUUAUCAUUUUGAAUAAAUGACAUUCACUUUGAGAAGAUUAUA